AUGUUCGGCCGCAUUUUUCAUCUGCUCGUCGAUGCCAUGCUGGUGAGCGUGGCGCUGUCCGGGAUCAAGCGAAGCACUGGACUCACGCCGGCCGUAUCGCGCAUGCCCAACAAAGACCUGCGAAACUUGAUGCGCAUCUACCUCGAAGCCGGAGAAUGGAUCAUGGACUUUUCUGUCGUAAUCCUCGGUCGAUCGAGCUCGUUUGAGCGCGUGCGCUGA